AUGCAAUUACUUUAUCCAUUACUAUCACUAAUAGUUGUCCAUGCUAUUGUUAUCAACGGUCUAGAUGAUAUAAAGGAGUUAAAGUUGGUUCUGAUGAAGGACUCUUCUCCACCCAAACCUACAGGAGUCAUGACCGAAUACUAUCACAACAAUGAGUGCACUGGAAUACCUUUCAGCUCGGUUCUUUCGGAGAAAUGCCGUGAUGGACUCCCAGCUAAUCUACAUGAGCAGGGUGGUGGCUUGAUAGCCACCUAUUCCGAUCAUUACAUCAUAUAUACAAGGAACAAACAAGGCUUCCCGCUUGGUUGCCAGUCCCACGAUCGGGACAUAGAGGGUGAUAUCCACACCAGCAUCAAGUUCAAUUUGUGUAUUCAAGGUCCAAUCUCUGGUCAGUCAUUCCUUGCMCAUCCACUAUUUGACAAA